AUGACACGCUUCUCAAGAAAUCGGAACAACCGAAGACAGAACAGAGCGCCAAAGCCGCCAGUGCCUGUAGCGCAGGAGGAGGACAGUGACUCGGCCGACAUCACCAUCGAAAUUAUCGAGCUGUCAGACCCGCCUGGGCUGGAAGAAAUGACGCCCGUCUUGUCCCGAAAACCUGACGACAUGGACAUCGAAGAGUACACCGCCAAGCUGGAGCAGGUUAUCCACGAGCAACAGAUUCUCCACACGGAUAUGCUCAGAGGUUUGAAAGCGAUGGAAAGCCACAACCGGAAGCUGCGAUUCGAAAAUGAAAUGCACGAGGACAACGUCGAGUUCCUCCGCGAUGCGCUUCUCAAAAUAAAGAAGAUUUUCAUGCGACAGCAACGAAAACUCAGAAAACUUCAAGGCAAACCUGUCGACGAGGAGAGCAAGGGGACACAAACCAGCGACAAGGAAGAGGACUGA